AUGUCAGAUAAAAACGACGACGAGGAAGCUUUUGGAGCUGCUGCUGUCGACGACGACGCGCAAAAAGAAGAACAACAAAAGGAAGAGGAAGAGAGAUGGCCGAGCGACCGAAAACAAUUUCGGAAGGAUUUCGUCCCGUUCGACGAAAAAUUGGAGAGGAAAUUACUCCGGCAAUUGGAGUUUUACUUUUCGGAUUCAAACUUACCCAGGGAUAAGUUUUUACGCGAGACAGUGGAACGAGACCCGGACGCGUACGUGGAUUUGAAAUUGAUUUUGAAAUUUCAACGCAUGCGCGAUAUUUUGAACGAUUCCGGCGGCUCGAAUAACCCCGAGGUUGUCGAGGCCGUGGCGAAACUGUUGAAGGAGAAAUCGGUGAGUUUGCAAGUCGCCGAGGAGACGAGUCCGGAUCCGAGAGUGAGAAGGAAGGAGGAUUUAAGGCCGAAAGAGGAAAUCGAUCGAGAUGUGGAGAAGAGGUCGUUGUAUGCGAACCCUUUUCCGAUGACGGCGACGAUUGAGUCGUUGACGGAUUUCUUCGAGAAGGAGUGCGACGAGAGAGUGUUGUCGGUGAGAUUACGAAGACACAUCGCGUCGAAAGAUUUCAAAGGGAGCAUUUUCGUCGAGUUUUCAUCGGAGGAGAGCGCGAAAAAGGUGUCUGGAAUGUCCAACACGUUGGUGUACGAAGGCGCGGAGUUGACGUUGAUGUUUAAGAAGGAGUAUUUGGAGAAGAAGAAGGAGGAGAAGGCGUUGAAGGCGGAACAGAAAGCGAAGGAGGAGGCGGACAGAGCGGCCAAUCCGGAGAAGUACGCAAAGUUGGACGAGGAGAGGAAAAGAGCGGAAAGGGAAGUCGUGAUGGGCGAUCGUCGUCACGAUAACUAUAAUCACAACAACGGUAGCAAACGUAGCAGAGACGACGAUGACGACAGAGGAGGAGGACGACGAGAGAACAAAGAAAACAACGGCGAGCCGCGCGAAGAGAAAGAGGUUGUGUACACGCCCGGGAUGAUUGCGAGAAUCACUUUGGGCGAAAAAGCAAACAUGGAGUGGAACGAUUUCGUCAAGUUUCGCGAGGGCAUUAAAAGUGCGUUUGAAUCGUACGGUAAAAUCAAGUUUGUCGAUUUCAAACAAGGCGAAAAGUCUGGUUUUUUGAGAUUCGAAGACGAAAAAGUAGCGGCGAAAAUCAUCGAAUCCAUACAAGGCGGCAACGCGAUUGAAGUGGAAGGCGACGCGUGCGCGAUCGAGCUCGUUGGGGGCGACGAGGAGAAGUCGUACUGGGAAGCCAUCGACAGACGCGCGAGAGAUCGCGAUCGACAAGACCGUAACGGGAACAAAAGAGAUCAUCGAGGCGGCGGCCGAGGCGGCGGCCGAGGAAGAGGUAACCGCGGACGAGGCGGCGGUGGUGGUGGCGGUAACAAGCGUCACAAGAGCGAUUAA